AUGUCAGCCAACGACAAACCCACCAUCUUGAUAGUCGGAGCCGGUCUGGGGGGAUUAAUGCUUGGCGCUCUGCUCGAGAAGUCUGGCGUACCAUACACCAUUUUUGAGCGCGCAGCCACUGUCAAGCCCUUUGGUGCGGGGAUGGCCGUGGGCCCAACCCUCUUUCCUGUGUUCGAACAGCUAGGCAUCUACGAGGAGUUUCUUACCAUCGGCAAGUACUUGUCCUUUGCCAAAGGAUACAAGGUCACAAAGACGUCGCUAACGUUCCAGAAUGAGAACGACUACAGUCAGAUUACAGAGUUUGGAGGCUAUGGGAUAUAUAUUGUCUCCCGCCCCAUCCUUUAUGACCUCAUUCUCAGACAAGUUCCAGCCCACAAGAUCCACUUCGGCAAGCGAGUCCUGAAUAUCAGCGAGGAGAACAACAAGGUCACGGUCUUCACGUCCGACAAUGGUAUCCAUGAAGGCGACAUCAUUGUGGGAGCGGACGGCGCAUACAGCGCUGUGCGUCAGCGCCUGUACGAGAAACUGAGGACCGAGGGCAACUUACCUAAAGCCGACCAGGAAGACCUGCCAUUCAGCUGUACAUGUCUUGUUGGACAGACCAAGGUGUUAGACCCUGAGGUGUAUCCUAUUGUCAAGGAGCCUCAUUGCCAGUUCUUGAUCACUAACGGAGAUGAACAGCCCUUUACUGCAGCGAUGGAACAACGAUUCAGGGACAACGACAACGCAGAAUGGGGCGCCUAUCCUGCACAAGUCAUGUGCGAUGAGACCAAGGACUUUCCUGUUCCUGUUGGAGAUGGAAAGAUGACACUCGGUGAUAUCUAUGACCUGACGCCCAAAGAGAUCAUCUCCAAGGUCAUGCUGGAGGAAAAGGUCUUUGACACUUGGCACUCUGGUCGUGUCGUCUUGUUAGGCGAUGCCUGCCACAAACUGAACCCUGCUGGAGGACAUGGCGCGGUGACAGCAAUGCAUGAUGCCAUCGCGCUCGCAAACUUGCUCUACGCGAUGCCUACAAAAACUUCAGCAGACAUCACCAGGAUCUUUGAGGAUUACCAUACGGAGAGAUACCCCGCAGUUAUGGAAUCCUUCCAUCACAGCCAACAGUUCAGUAGGAUCGCUGAGAGAGGAUUCCUUGCCAAGAUGGCUCGCUUUAAGCCGCAGGUCGGGUUCCUACCAGCUACGGAGAUGAAAGGUUCAGUGGUGCCAGUCGUCUCGCCAAGCGAACAAAGAGCAAGAGACGUCUUCGAGAAGCGCCAACAGCCGCAACAAGAGCAACUGGAGAAUGCCGCCACCGUCUGA